UUAUAAACCCAUGGCCUGUAUGUUAGGCACAACCAUUCCAGCGUCUCACUCGUCCUCCUCCUCGGCAUGGCUGCCGAGAUGCGUCCAAUGCCCUCCUCGCCGAGCGCGCCCAUCCUCGCGUCGUGUUGGUGCCCGUGCUGCUGCUGCUGCUGCUGCUGGUGUUGGUGUUGCUGGGGUGGAGGAGCAGCAAGGCGAGCAGCUCAAGUGGGUGCGGCGGAGCCACUACUGUGGCGAGGUGAGUGAGGCGGAGAUUGGGCUGAGGGUGCGCAUUUGUGGCUGGGUUGCGCUCCGUCGCGACCAUGGCGCCGUCACAUUCAUCAACGUUCGCGACCACACGGGAAUGGUGCAGGUUGCGGCGGCGGAGGCUAGUAGCGGCGGAGCACAGGCGGUGGCGGAGAGGCUGAGAAUAGAGUACGUGGUAGCGGUGGAGGGAACAGUGCGCUCGCGGCCUCAGGGUGCCGCCAACACAAAUUUGAAGACUGGAAGCGUCGAAAUCAUCGCGGACAAGGUUGAGGUGCUCAACCCCGUCACCUUGAACCUUCCUUUCUUGGUCACGCCCCUCGACCAGUCCAAAAACGUCAUCUCCGAGGAAGUUCGUCUGAGAUACCGACACUUGGACUUGCGGCGCCCCCAGCUGAAUGCCAACCUCAGGCUCCGCCACCGCAUCGUCAAGCUCAUGAGACGUUACUUGGAAGACGUCCACGGCUUUGUCGAGGUGGAGACACCGAUACUGUCGAGAUCCACUCCCGAAGGAGCGCGAGAUUACCUGGUGCCAUCGCGAGUGCAGCCAGCCACUUUCUACGCUCUUCCCCAGAGCCCGCAGCUGUUCAAGCAGAUGCUCAUGGUGUCUGGUUUCGAUAGAUACUUUCAGUUUGCAAGGUGUUUCAGGGACGAGGAUCUUAGAGCCGACCGUCAACCCGAGUUCACGCAGCUCGACAUGGAGCUUGCAUUCACACCGCUGGAAGAUAUGCUCGAGCUCAAUGAGGACCUCAUCAGGCUUGUUUUCCGGGAGAUUAAAGGCGUAGAACUUCCGGAUCCCUUUCCACGGCUCACGUAUGCCGAGGCCAUGUCCAAGUAUGGUUCAGACAAGCCUGAUACACGCUUCGGAAUGCAACUCGUCGAGCUGUCGGAUGUGUUUGAAAAAUCGAGCUUUGCUCCGUUCGCCACAGCCAUCAGCGAAGGCGGUGUUGUCAAGGCAAUAACAGUGUGUGGCGGCGGCAAGUCGAUCACAGCCACCCGGUUGAAGAAGGGGGACAUAUAUCAAGAAGCAGUCAGAUGCGGUGCUAAAGGCCUGCCUUUUCUCAAGGUGGCCGAAGGAGGAGAGGUGGAAGGCAGCACAGCGCUCAAGUCGAGCUUGUCUUGUCCUGAGACGAGAGACAACUUUCUGGCCAAAUGUGACGCAAAGCCUGGGGAUGUGAUCAUCUUUGCAAACGGGCCUACAUCGCUCGUCAACGCGACGCUCGGCCGACUGCGAACGCUUAUUGCCGAGACAAGUGAGAACCUCAUUGACAAGAGCCGCAAUGACAUUCUUUGGAUCACUGAUUUUCCUAUGUUCGAGUGGAACGACGCGGAAAAGCGGCUUGAGGCGCUCCACCAUCCAUUCACCGCUCCGAGGCCAGAAGACAUGAAGGAUCUCAGCUCUGCUCGUGCUCUUGCUUACGACAUGGUCUACAACGGCGUGGAAAUUGGGGGUGGAAGCUUGAGGAUUCACAGGCGUGACGUGCAGCAAAAGGUGCUCGAGGCAUCCGGUUUGAGCGCUCAAGAGGCGGAAGAUAAGUUUGGCUAUUUGCUGGAAGCAUUAGAGCUGGGUGCUCCUCCGCAUGGAGGAAUCGCGUAUGGUGUGGACCGGCUGGUAAUGCUGCUUGCGGGAGAGAAAUCGAUACGGGAUGUGAUUGCCUUUCCAAAGACAACGGCUGCUCACUGCUCCCUCACAAGAACACCAUCCACAGUUGAUCCCAGGCAGCUCCAGGAGCUUCGGCUGCAAUGCACCAUUGCACAUCCAUAAUUUAUUUUUCGUUUUCAUUUUUCCUGCUUUUGUUGCAGCACCGAUGUACGUGGCGCCCUGCAUGGCUUCAAGUGUUGCUUUAUUAAAUCUGGUUUUUCUUGCAGUUCGCUGCCUUGUAUUUUCUUGGUGCGAGAGAAAAGAAGAUGAAGGCAGUGGCGGUCCUGUUGGGUAGCGAGGUGGGCGGGGUGGUGCAUUUCAGCCAGGAGAACGAAGGUGCGCCGUCCACUAUCACGGGCGAAGUCACCGGUUUGAGCCCGGGCAAGCAUGGAUUCCACGUCCACGCGCUGGGUGAUACCACCAACGGGUGCAACUCCACGGGUCCACAUUUCAAUCCCACCAACAAGGAACACGGUGCUCCCGAGGACGACACCAGGCAUGUUGGUGACCUUGGCAACCUCACUGCAGGCGACAGCGGAAAGGUGGAGAUUUCUAUCAAAGACAGCCAGAUAAAGCUGUGCGGGCCGCAUUCCAUCAUUGGCAGGGCAAUUGUGGUGCAUGCCGACCCGGAUGAUCUCGGCAAAGGUGGUCACGAGCUGAGCAAGGAAACUGGUAAUGCGGGUGCAAGAGUUGCUUGUGGGAUAAUUGGGCUAGAAGCUUAGGCUCGGUGGUUUUUCUGUUCUCUUGGUGCUGGUUACUGUGAACAAUUGGCACUC